AGAGACUUUGGGAAUUAUUCCAUUUUUGUUGACAAAAGCAGUAUUCAAAAUGAAAUUUUUGAUUGUGUUGAUUGCCUGUCUGGCAAUUGUUUUGGCUGGAAAGCCGACUGAGCAGCAAAUGGAAAUCAUCCAAAAAAAUGAAAAGCAAUGUGGAGAGCAGGAGGGCAUUACCAACGAACAGGCUACUGCCCUACGUAGUGGCAAUUUCGAUGAUCAGGAUCCGAAGAUCAAAUGCUUUGCCAGUUGCAUGAUGGAGAAAAUUGGCCUUAUGGUUGAUGGCCAGCUCAAGCCCGAUGUAAUGCUGGAAAAAAUGGGAGAUGCUGAAGGUGCUGAUACUGUCAAGGCCCUUCUGGCCAAGUGCGGUACCAUCAAGGGAGCUGACAAGUGCGAUACGGCCUACCAGUAUUUCCAGUGUUUCCACAAGAAUCGCGCUACUGGAAUGUAAGCCGUAUUUGGACCGAGUUUCAGUUUGCUUUUAUUCCAUCAAUAAAUAAAUAUGAACAUUAA